GAAGUAGACAUUUUUAAAACCCAGCCUCAACUUAAACAUGACAUCUUUCCAGGCUGAUGAUUAUCAGGCUGCAUUGUUCGAAACCCCCCCCCCCCCCCCCCUCCACAGCUGAUUGGAAAUUUCUACUUCUCUGUUAUUGUUCCCGUUAGCAUUGGAUAUUUUCGAAGGGCACUGUUGGAGUUGUUUCCCUUGUCUUUCUUCUAGACUGGACACAGCAAUGAUUUAAGGUGUAUCCUUCCUAACUAAAAUGGAGGAUGGUCAGAUGACACUGGUGGUCUGGAUGUUCUUGGCUCUUCUUAGACCAGCUGAUGCAGCUGCAGCUUCUUCUCCAGAGAUCUCUGUUGUGGGAGUUGAUGACAUGGGUGUCAUCCUGAAGUGUGAGGCUGGAGGGUUGAUGUACAGACCUGAGAUGACCUGGUUGAAUAGUGAUGGAAACAUCCUCCCUGGUGGACCUACAGAGACAGGGACAGACUCAGAUGGUCGCUACACUGUGAGAGGACAUGUGACCAUCCAGAAGACUUACAACAACAUGUUCAUCUGUAGAGUUCUACAGCAGCAGAUCAACCACAAGAUGGAGACAGAGAUUCAUGUCCCAGAUGGUGUGUUUCCAAGACCUAAAUUGGACAAAGAUGUAAUUAUUGGUGUAUUAACGCUAAUAGGAGCUGUUUUGGGUAUUGCAGCUACAGUUGUAAUUAUCAAAAGAAAACUAGCUCAAUAUGCAAUUUGUAGGGUGCUUUUCUGUUGUUAGAGUGGGACCAUCUUAGUCGCAGUGUAGGUGUCAAUUCAAAUGGAAGGCAGUCAAUUUAUAAAUCCACGCUGAUUGAUGGAUUUAUUCAGGAUAGGUCAUACGAAAAUACAGCUCCGGGAACAAUAAAGAGACCACUGCACCUUUUUA